GAUAUAACUAAUAUCUAUUAUAGGCUAACUGAUUAGUCAUGUUGAUCAUAACGGUAUAUAAAAAUAUCAGUUAUAGCGUAUGUAGUGAAUAGACUUUGAAAAUACUAGUAAUGCAUACAUUUGCGUACAUUUCAGCUUAUUUAAGAUGAAGAGACUUAAAGGACAACAGCAGAAGGCAUGUGCUAUCAAAAGACAAAAGUCGCAAACGGGCGACUAUAAGCAUGUGUCUGACAAUCUUCAACAAGACAGUCGGUUUGCAUCUGAUAAACAUCAACAAGACAGUCAACUUGCAGCUGUCAAAUUUCAACAAGACGGUCAGCUCGCACCUGACAAUCUUCAACAAGACAGCGAGCUUGCAGUUGGCAACCUUCAACAAAGCCGUCUUGAAAAUAAAAAGACGGGGACACGCAGAGAAAACGGCAUUUCCCAGACAUUGUCGGUAAAACAAAAUUUUCUAGAAACUGACGCUGAAAAGGUUGAACAAGAUACAAACGCCGACACAUGCGUCUGUACUCUACCUGACUCAUUCAAAAGCAAUUACACGGAAAGUUCAAUGAAAUUACCAGCCGGCUUUGGGUUUACACCUGAAACUUGUCAGUAUAGAACAACCAAAGAAAGCAAACAGACUAAGAACACAAGUAGUUCAAAGAGACAGUGUAGUGGCCAGUGCGUCCGGAAAAAUGUCGAUAGUAAGAAGAUAGGUAUUACUUCUAUAGACGGAAAUGUUUCAGCCGCUAGUAGUAGCCUAAUUAUGAAAGGUGUUUCAAACGUAAUUCCAGUCUCAACAGAUGAUCAAGUAGCAUUACCUAAAGAUACAAACAAUGACAUAGAUAUAAGUGACUCUAAAAGUGAAAGUCAGUUUGAUCGUAUAAAAACAGAGAGACUUUUCAAAACGCAGAAACUAGGAACGCAACACAGCGUUGAAAUGGAUGUAAUAUACACUAAAGAUCUCCAAGAGGAGAUGCUUGAACACGCGCCGGAACAAGUACCUGAUGAUUACGUGGACAUGAGUCCCAGACAGUUGCCGACUCAGCACAAGACGAUAUACUUUUGUAUGAUACAUACUGGAAAACAGAAACCAGACCAGGAGUCAAAUAUUGUUAUCCCGCAUAAAAAUGCAGACAAACCCGAGGGUGAUGAUUUCGGCGCAAAAUUGUGGACCUUCAUAGAAAAGAAACGAGAUGGAUCUGUCUACCAUAGACAUUUACUGGUGCACGUGGUUCCUACUGAACCUGCCGGGCAAAUGAGAAUAGAGGACAAUGACGAACUGGUGCUUGUGAACGAUGUAUUUGUCCCAGUACUAACGCACACAGAAGUUCUGAAUAUUUUUCACCAUGUUCAGGUGGAUGGAAAAACAAGGCUUUUGCUGGUGGUACGCAGAGUGAAAACCAAGAAGAAGUGGAGUUGGAUAGAAACAAGUGCGAUACUUACCGCAGACAAAUCACCUGACGAAGGUCCAGUGGUCGAAUAUCCCGAGUAUAAGAGAUUUAAAGGGGAGAGGUAUGAAAUGCCGAAGAGCAAACAUAUCUACAAAGUACCCGGGACACAAAAAUAUCUGGACAUUUCUGAUAGAGGAAUAUGUGUUGAUAUACUCCAAAAUGACAGUCCGGACAAAACGAAGGUGAUAUGGAAACGUUGCAUUUACAAGCUAGUUGACAAUGAAGGGCAUAUAGAUUUUGCAGCGGCUCUCUCUGAUGAGACAAUGAUGUGGUACAUUGGUAUAAAUCAAAGAACCAAUGACAUAAUUUUAAAGAACAAGCCAGAAUGGUUUAAGAUGAUAACUUCAGGAAGUAACAUUCGUUUCCAAUUCAAAGAUCAGUACCUCGGUUAUGACCGAGAGAGUGGACAGGUUAAAGCACAAACUAGCAAUUGUGUGUUUGAAGAACUGCCAGCUUCCGAACUGCAAGCCAGAGACACGUCGGAAUGUGUUCCAGAGAAUAUUUCAGAAACCACCUCUAGAUCUACUACCAAUAUGAUACACGGUGGUAGUAUUGCAUCUAAUGAUGAUUCUGACAAUUCUGAAACGUCUUUUUCUCAAUCAAGUGAAGAUUCAAUUUCCUCAUCACAAGAAAGUAAUACAUCGGAGAGAAAUGCCGUUCGAUUUAAUGACGGAGCACACAGUAGAUCUAGUGGAUACAGUUCUAGAUCUUUAACCCCACCAGAUAGUUUAGACACAAGUACGUCUGAGGAUUAUCCUGAUUCCUCUAGAAUUUAUAGCCAGUGUGGUUCAGAAAACAAUCUGAAAACAACAACUACUCCUUUGCAAUCCUUAUCUUUAACAGAAAAGACAAUGUUUACAGAAGACUAAUUCGCCAACAUUUUCCGCCCAAACAGAAGUCUUCCGCAAGACGUAUUACCAUUUCCGGCCCUGGCGUGUAUGAACGAAGGAGCGGGACGAUCUACCAUUUGGCGCCAUGCAUGUACGAAGAAACAAUUAUAUCACAUUUCACACCCUAUAGCGUGAUAACGCGACACCACAAGACAACACGCCACCGGAUCGGAAAACGUGGCACUUUUCCGAAAUUGUUUUCGUUUUGUAGCAAGUAUUUUGAAUUUUGUCUAUACACAAUGUGAAUCAAUGAAAACCAGAUUAGAGUGUGCAAAAACGAAUUAUUUCUACAAAAGUGAUUUCAUUGCUGGUAUAUAUCAUAUUUUUAUAACGAUGUAAUAUUAGAAUGCGCCAGCAGUAAAAAAUUCUGAUGCAAAAUUAUUUAGAAAAACGGGUCUCAUUAUAAUGUAAAGUUUCUGAUAGAGCUGAGUAUGGAUUUCCUGUAUCAAAGAUACUUACAAUAUGGUUAAUUAUUUAUAGCGAAAAACAUUUCUGACUGGCCGAAUGCCAAAAUUAAAAUUCGUAUAUAUUAUGAGGUUUAGUACAAUCCUGAAUUCUAUUGGACGAGUACACAGUCGUAAUAAUCCAUAUUCACACCCUAUAAACGACUGUAUCUCCCGCUUCCUCUUGCGAGUGAUCAAAACAAUAAAAUGACAUGGAAAAGGUAAGAAUCGUCAUUAAAUUCAUUAUUUGACUUUACACUGUAUGUGUAUUUAAGUUAAACGAUAAGUCUAACAUAAAUAUGUGAAUAUGAUGAUAUAAUAAAUGCAACUGACAGGUAAUGUUUAAAAAAUGUUGACUGAUCACACUCACUGCAUGAAAAUUCUCUCGACCAAGUCACGAAAUUGAUGAAUAUCACGCCAGAUUGAUUUGUAAUCCAAUUAUCCAUCAUGUUUUCUGUAAUAAGUAUGCAUACUCCAUAAAUGUAUGUAAAUAAAAUGUUUUGUUUCUGUUGCGUUUUUGAAUGAAAUUAAUUUUUCUCUAGUCGGUGAAAAAACAUUUACUGUAUGCCGGCUUGCCAAUUUUGAUAUUUGAUCUGAAUUCGUAUUUGCGAGUGAUACUGUAUUCCAUCUUGCGAUUACAAAAGGCGAUUUAUGUCCUUAAAAUGCGUAAAUGAAAUAAAAAGUAUGCAUACAAAAUUGUUUCUUCUGAUCAGUCGUCAUGUUUAUAAUGUCAUUAAAUGUCGAACCCAACACCCCCACCCCCAUGCGAUACUUAUAGUAAUCCAUUGGGGGGUGGUUGGAUUCGAGUGUCUGUGACUCGCUAUCCUACUUAAUUAAAUAAUUAAUUGAAUGUUUCAGCAUCGUUUACAUGCAAGUGUUCAGAGUUGGCUUUACACACAUAUACUAUCAUGAAAUACGAAUUAGAAACUGAAUGUAUACACAAGGUCCCUACCAUGUCUUGCAAAAAAAUUAAUUGUCGAUUCCCUAUGGAAAUCACACGGAGUAAUGUUACCUUACGAUUUCAAAAUAUCAGUGAGAUAAGACAGGAGAGGACUAUAGGUUGACCCCCCGUCUGUCUGUCCGUCAGCAGGAAAAUGAUCCUCUGAUUUAAAAACAACAAACAAAACUAUUUCACCCGCAAGUAUCCUGCGGAUGAACGUAUAAAUAGAAAAGGGUAACGAAUAUAUUAUCGGAAAAGUCGAUUAAGUCCUUAUUAGUAAUUCAGAGUUAACUUCAUGGUGAAUCAGUCAACAAGAUUCAAAAGCAGCACAAAAUAGCUGAAUGGCCUAAUGGUUUAACCCCGUUUCUCAAUAAUAAAAUAAACAUGUAAUCGUUACAAAUACAGCCGUCAUGUUUACUGACUGUCAAGAAUUACCGCUAUUUCUCAUGUUAGAAAUAGUUUGCAUUUGAUAGUGAUAACGCACACACGCCAGGAAUAUGUCCUUGCGCAUUUGGUCGUUUUCAUUGCUUUUUACAGUUUACAAUUUAUUAAUCAAGUCAAUGCUCAUAAGGGCCUCUGACAACAAUUGUAACAAUAACAAGUCAUAGUAACAAAAUCAGAUUGACAUGUAAAACCUCGUUGCAGAAGUAACUGAUGAUGUGGAGGACGAAAACUAACUAUUUAUCUAAAAGCAGACAUAAUUUUCUUACAGGAAACAGCCAGUUUUAACAAAGUAUUCUUAUUGUAAUUGUUCAUAAGGUCAGAAAAUUUGAGAGUAUCUGGAUAUUUAAAAUAAUAUUCAUCUAUAUAUUAAAUAUAUAGAUGAAUAUUAUAUUGAUAGAAAAAAUAUAUUACAUUUGUUAUCAACAUUGAAAUAUAUCUUUGUAAUAAAAAGGAAAUUCAUCUCCUAAAUAUGUUACUGUUACACAAAUGACAAGUACUUGCUAAGGCUAAGGUCAAAAGGUAAAAGCUUGAAAUAUUUUACAAAUACAAAUUCGUGUUUAUACAUUCUAUAAUUUAAACAUUUGCUUGGGUUAUUAACUGAAUAGUUCCAGUUUUGUAUAAACUGAUUUUUAAUUCAAGUGUUAACAACAUUUUUGAAGGAUUUACAAGAGCGAAUCUUCUGAUCUAACGACUAAUUAGAUAUACCAAGAGAAUCAAGAAUGUCUUUAAAAUAACAUAACCAGUUAAAUUUCUUGUUUCGUCUGUGAGACAGUGAGAGAAGUUCUGUACAAAAUAUUACAAAUUUUAUUUUCCUUGGAGUUUAUUAACUUACUCCAAAAAGUUAACACUCUACAUUUAAUACGACUCGAAAGUGGUAAAAUACUAAGAUCACCAUACAACAUGUUAUUAGGGGUACUCUGCUUCAAAUUUAAAAUAAGUUUUAUAUAUUUCAACUGAAAUAUAUCAACAAUAUCUAAAUUUUCAACCCCUCCCCCAUACCUCUGAGCCGUACAAGACAAUAGGAGUAACCAUGGUAUCGAAAAGGUGCAACUGCAAAUAAAUAGUUAAAAACAACUUCCUGAAUUUACUAAUAACUGCAAACAUAGCUUUGCGUGCUUGAUCAACUAAAUGAGCCUCAGUUCUACCGAACUUGCCAUUGAAUGAAAAUUGAAUACCUAGGUAUGAGAAGUAGUCAACAAUUUCUAAAAUAUUACCACUCUCAAAUUGAAAUACUUAAGCAUUACAUAUACCUCUCUUAUUUUUCCAAAAUAUGACAACUUUAGCCCCUAUGAGGUGCAAUACUCUGACAUAGCAUUAAGAGCUGACUGGAGGUCAUUAGGGGUCUCUGCUAAGGUGACUGUGUCAUCAGCAUAUAAUAGCAAAUAUAACUUGAAGAAGAAAACUUCAAAAUCGUUAUCACUUAAUAUAUGACUAGCAUUACCAGAAAAUAACUGAAGACCAUGAAAUUUACUAGACAAAAAGCUAUUAAUCAUUCCAGAAUAAAGAAAAUAGAAUAGGAAAGAGAUUUUCACCUUGUCUAACUCCUGUAUCACAAAAAAAAUCAGACAGAGUAUUGUUUGAUUUUACACAAGACUUCGCUUUAUCAUACAUGUUGAGAAUAAUUUUAAAACAUUUACCAUCAAUAUUUUAACUUAGAAUCUUUCGCCACAGAGCAAUACGAUUGACUGAGUUGAGGGAAAUUUGGUUAAUCCACAAAAACACAGUACAGUUUUUUAUUAUUGACAAAAUACAUAUCUAUUAACAAUUUUAAAGAAAAUAUAUGAUCAACAGGGCUAUAAUGUUUUCUAAAUCCAGCCUGUUCUUCACACAAUAUGUUAUUGACCUCAAAAGUGUUUAACCUAGUGUUUUAUAAAGAUGUGAACAACAUUCCAAAACAGCUUAAUAUAGUUAUGCCCCUGUAAUUGUCAGGGUUAUUAAUGCUACCCUUAUUCUUGUACAAAGGUAAAAAACACCAUUACUCCAGAUAUCGGGGAAAAAUACC